UAUUAUAUAAUUACUGAUAUCGAAAAAAAGAAUAAGAUCAAGAUAUAAUUAUGAGAUUUAAUACAAUACGUCAAAUUCAUAAACAAUUAAAUGUCAUUGGUAUUCAAAAUAGAAGGUUACAUUUUUGUUCGUUAAAAGUACCUUAUGUUAGUACUGUUUUAAAACAUUCGAUUGAGAACAAAUUUGUUACAGCAAAACAAGUAUUUUUUUUCUCAAAUACAUUUAAUGCAAAAGGAGAAGCUGAAAUAAUGUCUGGUGAAAAUAAAUCUUUAAUUGUUAAUUAUAAUGGUAUUUUAGAAGCACAAAAAGACAAAAGUAUUUUAAUUAUCGAUGUAAGAGAACCAUCUGAAAUAAAUGAAACUGGAAAAUUACCAGGCAGUAUUCACAUUCCAAUGGGAGAUGUUACGAAUACUUUGACAAAUAUUUCUAAAGAAGAUUUUGUACAAAAAUUCAACAAAUCUAAACCUGAUAAUGAAACCAAAAUUAUAUUAAGCUGUAGAUCUGGUAAGAGGAGUGGUAUGGUACAAGAAGAAUUACAAAAAAUAGGAUACAAAAAUGUAUACAAUUAUAUAGGUGGUUGGCUCGAUUGGGAGAGUAAUCAGAAAUAAAAUAAUUAAAUAUAGUGAUGUUAUCAUUAAAAAUAUAUGAUUAUAUAUAUUGACAUGAUUUUUA